CCCGUUCAAACCUCCCUUCCAAAUCAAUAAAAAAAACAAUUUGCACAAAAUAAGACUAAUAAAAACGAUAUGAUCACCUCAUCCGUUGUAUUCAUCUCACACCUCUUGGCGAUUCUCGUUCUCUUGGCAGCCUCUGGCUCGGCCGGCGUUAGCUUUUCGCCUGAACAAUCAGCAACCCCGCCAUCCGUCACCGUUGCGGCCUGCGCCGCCUCACACGAUCCUCCCUCAUGCGAACAUGCGUUGACUAACUCCGGACUCUUGAUAACGGAGAACGCAAGCAGCCUCCAUGUCAUUCACGCCGUCUUAAACAUCACUUUCCGGCAUCUAGACACCGCCGAAUCCAUGGUGGGCGCCAUCCUCUCCGGCUCUUCGUCGAAUAGCAACCUCACGACGGCGGCUAGGAUUUGCGCUGAGGUGCUCAGGUUGUCCAGGUACCGGCUCGCGUUGACGGAUCACGGCGGGUUACGCGGCCGUAAAAUAAAGGACGGCCGUGCAUGGCUGAGCGCCGCCCUGGGAUACCAGUACGACAGCUGGUCCGCCUUGAAAAAAGUCAACGACACGGCGACUGUGGUCAAUACCAUGGCAUUGAUCAACGACACCAUAAUGGGGUUGACCAGGACCGCCCUAAGCAUGCUGGGGAAUUACGACGUGCAUGGGGACGACGUGGCAUCGUGGGGCCCUAUCAAGACAGAGAGGGACGGGUACUGGGACCCAGUGGAUGGAUCGGGGUCUGAUUUUGACUUUCAAAACGGCAGAGUUCCUAAGCACCUGAAGCCGAAUGUGACCGUUUGUAAGACCGGCCACGGCGGCGGAUGCGAUUAUGCGACGGUUCAGGCGGCAGUUUACGCCGCGCCGGAUAUGAACGCCGGGCAGCGCUUUGUGAUAUGGAUCAAGGCCGGAAUUUACAAGGAGAAGGUAAGGGUAUCGAUGAAAAAGCUGAACGUCGUCUUCUUAGGCGACGGCAUGGGCAAAACCGUCAUUACAGGGUCCCUCAAUGUUGGUCAACCCGGAAUGACGACCUACCAGACCGCCACCGUCGGUGUUCUUGGAGACGGAUUCAUGGCCAGCAAUAUCACGUUUGAGAACACCGGAGUUGGCUCUCAGGCGGUGGCUUUCCGGUCCGACGGCGAUCGGACAGUGGUGGAAACCUGCGAAUUGAGGGGAAACCAAGACACCCUGUACGCCAAAUCCAUGCGGCAAUACUAUAAAUCAUGUCGCAUCCAAGGAAACAUUGAUUUCAUAUUCGGUAACUCGGCGGCAUUUUUCCAGGACUGCGACAUUUUAAUCGCUCCGAGACCAAGUGAGCCGGAGAAGGGAGGGAUAAACACCAUCACGGCCCACGGAAGGAUUGACCCAGCCCAGACCUCAGGUUUCGUCUUCCACAAUUGCUCCAUUAGUGGCACCGAUGAUUACAUGAAGCUGUACCGUAAAAACAGCAAGGUGCAGCAGAGCUACCUGGGACGGCCAUGGAAGGAAUACUCGAGGACAGUGUUCAUAGGGAGUUACUUGGACGAUAUAAUUUCAGAGGAAGGAUGGUAUCCAUGGGAUGGAGAUUUUGCCAUAAAAACUCUAUACUAUGGGGAAUUUGAUAAUAGAGGGGCGGGGGCUAGCACAUUUGGCCGUGUAAAUUGGAGUAGCAUUGUUCCUACCCAACAUGUUCAUUCAUAUUCAGUUCGUAAUUUUAUUCAAGGUGAUCUAUGGACUUAAUCCUAAUUUAAUCACAUAUCUUCUGUACAUAAUUGAUUGAUGUUUCCCAAUUUAAUUAGCUUGUUGAUAAAUUAUUGACAUUACUCGUAUACAAAGUAACAUUUCAA